UCCUAUGCACAAGCUGACGAACAGUGAAGGCACAAUUCUUAGUAGAAGUGGUGCAAUUAAAAAAACCAUUUGAAUUUUAUUUUUCUCUUAUUCCAGCCCAAAGUCAACGAAAAGUCCAAAUUGUGCUUAAAAAAUUUCUACAUUCGAACCCAGAAAUCAAAGAGAGAGAAAAAUAAAUUCGAAUAAACAAAAAAACGGAAGAUUAUUAUUUCAAAUAAUUGACAACGAAAAGUAAAAUUGAGUGUGUGGCUUUCAAGCACUUUGUGAUUCAAUUCGUAAGCGAAGUAAAUAACCAAACGAAAAAAUGGCUGACGGUGGCUUAGCUCCAACAACAGAGGGAAACGAUGAUGGAAUCGUUGGAGGACCAAGAACCCCACAACAAAUCGCGGCUCAAAGACGAUUACAACAAACACAGGCUCAAGUCGAUGAGGUUGUCGAUAUUAUGAAAACCAACGUAGAAAAAGUAUUAGAACGUGAUCAGAAGCUAUCCGAAUUAGAUGAUCGAGCCGAUGCAUUGCAACAGGGUGCAUCACAAUUUGAGCAGCAGGCCGGUAAACUGAAACGAAAAUUCUGGCUCCAAAAUCUGAAGAUGAUGAUCAUUAUGGGAGUUAUUGGACUGGUUUUUGUGGCCAUAAUUGCGUCCAAAUUUGGGAUGUUCGACUCGCCGCCACCACAACAACAACAAUACCCAGCAUAUGCACCACCACCACCACCACAACAACAACCUCAAAUGCCAGCACAAGGUGGUGGUCCAGCGAAACUAUUGGAAGAUCCAGCCUCUCUUCUACUGAAUAUAAAUUCCAAAUUUUAAAGUUAACUGAAUUGAGUUGAGUGUGUACGCGAUUGCGACGACGAGUUUCUUUUUCCCCCUGAUUCGAUUCGUGCAAAAUAAGGAAAAACAAUCGCGGAAUCUUUUGCGAAUCAAACAUUUCAGCAAACAAUUUCCACAUCGUAGCGCAUACCGUACACGUAAAGUAACUUAAAAACAGAAAUGAGACAAAAACAAGCAUAUGAAAAUUUUUGGUGUUAGUUCUAACUAGUAUGCGGUACGAAAUCUGACCUUAAACAGACAGAAAAAAAGAACAACCACACAUACACACUAUGUUCAAAAUGAAGAGAAGCGCAUACGAACAACAACCGCAGCAAAAACACCUUCUCUAACAAGAAAGAAAAAAAAAUCACUUAACAUUUCCGAAAAAAUUUAAUAAACAUGCAAAAAAAAUUAAUAUGAAUGCGAAUGGCAUAGAAAUGAUAAAUAAUUGACCCAUUCCAACAUAACUGACAAAAUGAUUCAUAUAAAAAGUUUUAACCGAAACGGAACAUUUAUAAAUGACAAAUUACACACAUAGAACACUAACGCGCUGCUCAUUUGGGUAACAUUUGGAUUGGUAAUAAUAACCAAUCCAACAAUGCUGUACAGAAUAGAUGCAGUCGGUCAGUCAUCAAAAACUCACCUUCCGAACAUAAUAAUGUUUUCACUGCACGUAGAUAAAAUUUAAAAAACAAAAAACAAAAACAAAACCAGAAUCUUUCUUGAAAUAAUUCAUUCGUGUUCGGCUGAUUGAGUGUUUCGAUGAACUUGAUCAUUUUUCGACCCAUUUCGUAUUUCAUCAAUAUUACCUACUUGCGUGUCAAAUGCAAACCAUUCAUUAUAGUAAGCGCGUACAAGUGAAUAGAAACACAAAUCGGAUGCAAAACCAAAAACUUUAUAAUAAAUAGCGAGAAUACACCAUAGCACAUGCGAAUGUGCCUCAAAAUCAAAGAACAACAACAACAACAAAUGCAAUAUGGGAAAUACUACGAAUAAAAUAGAAAAAUAUUGGAAGUACAUGCAAAAUUUAAUAAGUUGUCACUUAUAGUGCUAUAGAACGCUAAAGAACAAACAAACCAAAAUUGAUACGUUUUAUGACGAUAGUCUCAUUUAAAUGAAUUUUGAAGAAAGAAAACGAGAAGUGAAACACUACACCUAGAGUAAUAUUUGGUUUAUGGGUUUUUAUUGCCUUUUCACCAUCGGACCAUCUCGGCAAAUCGGCUCUCGACAGCCGUGAAAAGAAGAAUCACACAUCACACCAAAAUGCAUUCAUUGCAUAUAUAAAAAAAAAAGCAAAGCGCCAAUAGAAACACUUCAUUUAAUUGUCUUUCCGUUUCAAUUUAUCUGUGUUUGCUUUCGUUUUAUCUGUAUUAUAAAGAAGGAGAAGAAAAUAAGUCAAACUUAGAACUAAAAACAAAUCAAUUGGUUGCAUCGAAUGUCAAACAAAAACCGAAUGCGGGUUUUCAAUCCACAACUCGGUAGAAAAGAGAACCGAAUGAACAACAAGUUUAUGACAAAAAAAUUAAAGGAGAAUCUAAACAAAACCAACAAAAAAAAAUUAAUCAAUAAAUAGUUUAUCAUAAGCAGAAAACAACAACAACAAAAACAAAACAGCAAACUUAUUAUUCACCACGAUUACUCUAGAAAUGAUGUUCAAAAGAAUAAACAACAACAACAAAAUAUUAAACUAUAUGUAUGUAAUUUAAUUCGAAAUAUUAUUCCCAAAAUAUGUAUAUCACAACAAACAAUAAAAAUCAUUGGAAAUUAUUCAAAAUUAGCG